UUCGCCAUUCUCCAACCUCGGCCCUCGAUCUCAUCUCCCGCUGACGAUGCGAGUGCAAUAGCUGCACAGAGAGAGACGCGCAAGAUGGGCGCCGACAGGAGUGACGGCUCCGGCUCCGGCUCCUCCAAUACGGAAGCGGUCGCAUCCGGAUACGACGAAAAGACACCUCUACUCGAGCAAACCCAGAAGGGCCCCUACGAAGACACCAAGCGGCGAAGGAGAUGGCUGUAUCCGUCGCGCAUAUCCGACGGCAUCGUCGCGGUGGUGGGCGUCCUCGCAACCCCCUUUGUCUAUACGGGGCAAUGUCUGGUGGCCGCCUUCUACUACGACGAGGAUGGCCACUUCUCCUUUCUCGCCCCGAUCUACCACAUCUCGCGGACAUUCACUCGCGGACGUCGGAAAAACGUGGCGGCGCACGCUUCACGAGCCUCGGCUGCCCCGGACCGUAGCGAAAAGGGAACGCGCAAGAGUCGCAGUUCGAGUGUCGCGCAACCCGUCAUGAAACAACCCACGAGACGAUCACUGUCAAUAGCAUCAACCUCGACCGCCAUGACGUCCGACUCGGAGAGCGAGCGAUCUCCUACACGCGACCCAGACACCGACAGCCCCUCGCGCCAUACCCGCUCCAAAUCCAGCGCAACCGCACGAGCAGACGAAAUCGCCCCGGCCAAGAGGUCGAUACGCAUCACGCUACAUCACAAUGAGGACGCUUUGAGGCAACGCAAGGCGGCGAAGAAGGCCCAAUCGUCCAAAAGUAAUUCCGUCUCCUCAGAGGCUGCCGCUUCCCUCAAAUCCCCCACUGGGCCGGCAACCGCGUCCUCGAAACAAUUGACCAAGUUCCCACGAGCGCCCCAACCCCCGCGCCCCCUCGUGCCACGCCGCCAGCCCUCGUACUCCGCCAAAGGCGUAUCCGCUGUCGGGCCGCACCAGAAGACGCUCAUCAUCGAUCUCGACGAGACAUUGAUCCACAGCAUAGUCAACGGCGGUCGGUUCCAGACUGGCCACAUGGUAGAGGUCAAGCUCCAGGCAUCCGUCGGCGCUGACGGACAGGUUAUUGGUCCCCAGGUGCCGCUUCUAUACUAUGUUCACAAACGGCCGUACUGCGACGAUUUUCUGAAAAAGGUUAGUAAAUGGUACAAUUUGAUCAUAUUCACCGCCUCGGUACAGGAAUACGCAGAUCCCGUCAUCGACUGGCUGGAGGUGGAGCGCAAGUAUUUCGCAGGCAGAUACUAUCGACAGCACUGCACUGUUCGCAAUGGGGCUUACAUCAAGGACCUUGCUCAGGUCGAGCCCGAUCUCAGCAAAGUCAUGAUUCUUGAUAACAGCCCCUUGAGCUACGUUUUCCAUCCUGACAAUGCUAUUCCCAUCGAAGGCUGGAUUAGCGACCCAACAGACCACGAUCUGCUGCAUCUUAUCCCGCUGCUCGAAGGCUUGCAGUAUGUCACCGACGUGCGUGCGCUGCUUGCGCUUCGGCUCGGCAUGCCUGCAUCCGCCUAGUCAGGUAGCCACAAUUUUAGUGGCAUUCGCUCUAGUACCUCGCUUUCUAAUACUUUUUGUACUAUAGACCCGUUGCGCCGAGCAGUUGGCUAUGUAGCUCGUUGGAGGAGAUACCCAAGAUGUUAUUCGUUCAUGAUCCACGCCUCGCUUGAAAGACGUUCCUUUUGAGUUUCUUUUACUCAUUGCGAACAAGGAAUUACCCGCCCGUCGGCAUGCAGCUCCGAUCUGCCACUUGCGACUUGCCGCAUGGGCCUGUCGUCUCGCCCACGUUUUAAAGCCUGCUCCCCCACGCCUGUCAAUUCCCUUGUGUCCGGGGCAUGACAUG